GUAUAGCGAGGAAGUGAUUCCCGUUCAUCCUUGUCUUCGGAUCAUCAGCAACUGUGAGCAGUUCCUAUCCACCCACACUUCACGACGCCUAAUCACUAUGGAGAAAAUCAAAGAGCCAGAGGAGUUGGAUGGCCUCACUCAUCCGAUGGACGCCGGCGUCAGCCUCUACCAGGGACACAACACCUUCAGAGAGAAAUAUUUUAGUGGACGGAACAAAAGGUCUGGCAGGGAGGACACAAGAUCAGAUGUUGAUGAAAAAUAAACUUUGUUAAAGGCCUUUAGCAAAAUCCUUUUAACUUGUUCAUAUUUAUUUGUUCAUUUAGGUCAU